AUGCCCACUAAAAAGAAACACGCUCCGUCCGUUUUACUCACCGACGAAGAGAAUGAAACGAUUCGUGAUAUGUUAGGACAAAAGAAAUAUUCAUUAGCAACAGGCAUUGUGCAGUUGUACCUCGCCCUUCCAAAGGAUCGAACACGAUGGACUCAUAUCGUGACAGGAGUAGCAUGCCUUGUGAAAGAUGGCACCUUAAAAUCGUAUUACAUCAGAGUUCUGGACAUUACGAGCAAAGAGAUUCCAUGGGAACAAGAGUUGUAUAAACAGUUCAAAUACAGAGCCGCUACUGCAAAGUUCCAUACCUUCAACGCACAUGAUUGUCGAGCAGGAUUGAAUUUCUGUGAUGAGCUAGAGGCAGGUGCCUUUAAGGCAGCGAUCAAGGAACGGAUCAAAGAUUUUAGACGAAAAAGAGAAGAGGCUCGCCAAAGGAAAGCUAUGGCUCAACAACAAAUGCAGUUCCAACAAAUGCAACAGAUGCAACAGAUGCAGCAAAUGCAUCAGCUGCAACAGAUGCAGAAAAUGCAGCAAAUGCAGCAAAUGCAACAAAUGCAAGCAAUGGUUGCAGGACCAAUGGGCCGAGGCGUCCAAAUGGUUCGAUACCAGACUCUUCAACCUCACAGCUCGUUUGCUCAGCCAAGACUUAUGAUGAGACCACAGGCACCCCAGAUGAUGGCCCCUCAUCCUAGGCAACCAGUACCUAUACGACCACAGCCUUCUCAGGCACCAAUGCAAAUGCGUCGGGGAGUGCCAAGAGGAAUGGGACCAGCUAGACCCGCCUCUCCCCAGCCUCCCAAUCAGCCAACAUAUUCCAAUGCGCCUCAAACGAGAAGGAAUGUAGAAAACAAUGUGCAAAGAAGACCACCGUCCCAGGCUCCGCCUAAGGAUUCAGUUAAUCAAAGACCUGAGAGAGCGGCAUCAGCAAAGCCGAUACAGAAGCACGGAGAAGAACCGAUUUACGGGGACUUGCCCAAAACUCGCCAAGCAAGUGAAGUCGAAGCCAAUGCCACUGAAACUCAGCAGGAGGUUACUGCAACCGAAACAGACAUGGAUAAGAAAUCAAAGAAAGACAAGAAAGAAAAGAAAGGUUUCUUUGGAGGCCUUUUCAAAAAACCUUUGAAAGAUUCUGAGGAAAAGCCAAAUGAGAAAGAUACUAAAAAAGACCGAGGUCCGUCACAAGAGCCUGCUCCCUCGCAGCAAUCAGCACCACCGGCCACGCCUGCCCCUGCAGCUUCGCCCCCUCCACCUCCCGCACCUGAUUCGUCUCGAAAGGCCCCGCCAAGGGUCACAGCUCCGACCCCUUCCUUGACACAAGCAGAAGCACCAGCCCCUGCCUUGACACAAGCAGAAGCACCAGCUGAGGCUGGUGUUGAAUCAAUUGCUCGACCACCACCACCCCCACCGCCACCGCCACCGCCACCACCCCCUCCCUCGAUGGAUUUUCAAAUGUCUAAUACAAUGCAAAACUUGGAGAAACCAGUCGGAGCGGGAGGUGAUGAACCAGCUUCUUUUUUAGACAGCAUACUAGCAGGACCACAGCUUAAAAAGGUUGAUGCAUCAUCUCUCCCUCAACCAAAACCUAAAGAAGAAUUUACGGGUAUGUUGGGAAACUUAGCUCGUGCAUUGGAUGAAAGGCAUAAAGUGAUGCAUUCUUCAGACGAAGAUGAUGACGACGAUGAAGACGACGACUUUGAUGACGAUGAUGAAGAAGAUUGGUCAGAUUAA